UCACUCAAACUUGAGUAGGAGCGCGUAUCUGCUGUUAGCUAAGUGACAGUGGGAAACAUGAUGCAAAUACACUUUAGUCAAGUAUUUUGAAAAUAGACUCAUGUAGAAAGUAACACACCGCAGAUGCAUUGUUUGGCAUACGCUUUGUCUUCCAACGUAUAUAGAUCAGACGCAGUCGACUUCGAGAGCUCUCAGGGAGAAAUUGACAACUAAAGAUGAUGGCGGGGCAUGAAAUCUGGGUCACAUAUUCAGUGAUGGAAAAAUGAAGCAAUUGAUCUUAUUCUUCAUUUGUAUGAAGAUUGUUGCAAGCCAGAAUGUCGGUCCAGUGAUAACUACCUCACCCCAGAACAAAACUGUCUUGAUCACCUCUGUCUCCCAGCUCACCCUUCACUGUGCUGCUACAGGGAACUCUACAGUACACUACUCAUGGCAGAAAAAUGGAACUUUUCUUCACAACUAUGGCUCCAAAUAUAGGAUCCUGCCAUCAGGAACACUCAAAAUCCGCCAUCUCUCCCUCCGUGAUACUGGCUGGUAUAGAUGCUUGGCCUCCAACAGACAAGGAGAGGUUUACUCUCCAUAUGUUCUCGUGUUGGUUCAAGCCCCAGCUGAAAUCGUUGAUGGACCAAAGGAUCGUAAGGUGUGGUGGGGAACUGUUGUGCGAUUGCAGUGCCGUACUGUGGGUAAUCCAAUGCCUCACAUUCUGUGGCAAAAGAAUGGUAUACCAGCAUGA